CGCAGGUUUGCGCAAAUUGAGCUGUGCUGUAAUUUUGACACACUUUAGAGUGUCAAGUGUGCAAUUUUCUGUUACAAUCUUGUGCGCUCCACGUAACGCCUUAAGAUCGUUAAAAUGCAAAUUGUGCCCUGGCUUAUCAGCGGGAAAAAGUGCUCAGAGUUCAUUAAUGGGCCUGCGAGACAACACUAUCGAUCGACGUGAUCUGGCAUUGACACAUUUUCCGGCUAUUUUCGAUUUGGGCCAUGUCGCAGUGUUGUAGAAAAGCUAGCUAAUGCAAGUCAAUAAAUAUUUUCCGAGCCAUUUAACGGGCGGGCGAAAACAGCCAGAACACUGUAAUAGUGCUCUACUGGGGGCAAACAAAAGAGUCAUUCUGUUUGGACAAUUGUGCCGUGGAGCACGCGCCCAGAAAAACCCAUCACAAAAACAUUCCCACUGGACAAACCCGCCGUUAAGUGGAGCACAGCCUAGAAACAGCCGGACGACAUGAAUUUACACCUGCGAGAUUUCCUUGGAAUGGUUUACCUUCUGGCAGCCGUGGUAGCUCUGGCCGUGCACGGGACUAAGGCUCAGUUCUACAACCCGAUGCCGAUGUCCGUACCGAGGCUGUUGCCGGCCCCUACGGAGCUACCGGUUCCAGUGGAGCACCGGCAACGCUUCUUGCUCUACAACCCCUUCAAUGGUCAGCAGCUGGAGCCGCUGCGAUACAUGUCCUUCCUGCGGGGCGACAAGCGCCAGGCGGGGCAGGUAAGCGGAAACCUUGUGGAGCUGCCGCAGCUCUGGCAGCCCUGCUCCUGCGCGGAGUUCACCUGCCGGUGCUGCCUGGGCCUGGUCUUCGGGUUCGGGGAGUCCUUCAACCAGCGCGUGUGUACGGCCAUCGAGUACAGCCGGGAAGAGCUGGGCAUCCGCCUGAGCAUCGAAGUGAACCAGCGGUCUGUGGCCAACUUUGGCUUCUCGGCCCGCAAUCCUCCGGACUACUGCAUCCCGCUGCUGCUGCCGCUGCCGCUGUUCAGCUGCCUACGGCUCUACGACAUACGGGCCUACGGCGAGGGCAAUGUGCAGGUCUGCAUCUCGGUGGUGUUCAAGGUGCUGGUCAGCCAGUUCUUCGAGUAUCGCUUCAACUGCAUCCGCUUCGGAGUCAAUGGAGUGUACUUUGUGCGCGACUCGCACCAGCAGGACCAGGGCCAGGUCGUGGAAGUGGAGCUGGACAAAGAAAUGGCCGCACAAUCAUCAGAGCAGGGCUCCAAGCGCUCUAAUCUCCCUAAUGACAAGUUGGCCUCUGGCAGCCGCUUGGAUUUCCAUCCCAUCUAAUGUGGUCUUUCUCUUGCUGUCUACCAUUUUUCAUCAUGAUCCAUGCCUCAUUCUACGAGUAUUACACGUUAAGUGAAAAAGUGAAAUUUCUGUUAAUUAAAAAGCUUUUUAUUCCGAGCCCCAACACAA